AAGUGUAAAGUCUGUGACAAAGCCUUCCAUUCAUCAACUGCCCUAAAGAUUCAUAUCCGCACUCACACCGGCGAAAGGCCAUACCAGUGUAAAAUCUGUGAGAAAUCCUUCUAUUCAUCAGGCACUCUGGCAGAACAUUCGAAAAUUCACAAUAAGGAGCAUCAGUGUCAUCAUUGUGCAGCAAUGUUCACAAAGUCAUAUGACCUAACGAUUCAUAUCCGCACUCACACCGGCGAAAAGCCAUACCAGUGUAAUGUUUGUGACAAAGCCUUCCAUUCAGCAACCCGUUUGAAAGUACACUCGAAAAUACACAACAAGGACCAACAGUAUCAGUGUCCGCAUUGUUCAUCAAUGUUCGCAAACUCAUCUAACCUACAGAAACAUAUCCGCACUCAUACCGGCGAAAAGCCCUACAAGUGCAAAGUCUGUGACAAAGCGUUCAAGCAAUCAAGCGAGCUACUAAAGAUUCAUAUCCGCACUCACACUGGCGAAAAGCCCUACAAGUGUAAAGUCUGUGACAAAGCGUUCAGCCAAUCAUGCAAUCUGGCAGGACAUUUGAAAAUUCACACGAAGGGUAAAACUCAUUAAUCAUUUCAUUUGUUCAUUCAAGUUUGGGUUAGAAUAAGUUUGAAUUUUGUAUCUUUGAAUACUAAAAUGUAUGAAUUCGACGAUAGCAGUUAGCGAAAGUUCACAAUCAGCAACGAUCAGCCCAAUAAAAUAUAUUUUCCAUAGAAACUGGGUUUUAAAUAGAAUAAAAAUCCUUUAAAGCAACGGCCCAAGAAGACUAUUCUGCUGUGCUCAUGACAUGAUCAGUUUAUCGGAUACGGAUACGGAUACAAGGCGUGUAUUCGUGUGUUAUCAUCGCACACACACUGAUACGUCCGCCGUGUUAUCGG